UGUAGUGCUUUAAAAUACCAUGAACUGUACGCAGAUUUGACGACCACUGCUGAAAAUGUUCUUUCUCAACGGAAGGUUGCUGUUCAUGGGCUUGCACCGGAAACCGAGACGAUCAAGUUGAAACAGCGCUUCAUAACCUUUGGUAAGGUCGAAGACGCCACAAUUAUCCGUGACAAGUCGUCGGGCAAGUCUCUUGGCUUCGGAUAUGUUACGUUUGCCGAGUCCAAGGCUGCUCAGCAGGCAAUCCGGACGCUGAAGAUCAAAGUAGAUGGUAACUAUGUGAAGUACAAUCUCGCUGCGGAAGGUAAGAAAGCAUCUGCAGACCUCUCGCCCGAUCGAACGCUGAUGGUGCGUGCGCUCGCGAAAAAAACAUCAAACGACACUCUUUGGAAGGCCUUCGAGAAGUUUGGUGAAGUUGAGUCUACCCAUGUGGUACGGAAUCGCUCAACAAACGCGAGCAAAGGCUACGGCUUCGUAACUUUUCGCGAGAAGGCUGGAGCUGACAGUGCUUUGAAGACCCCAACGAUGAAGAUCGAUGUACGUCUCGUG